UCACGCUGAGAGGAGGUAAAACGUGAUGAUGUAUCACUCGUGUGUGUUUUCCGGUGACCUCGUUGUGUGUUCCUGUGAGCGGUGACUCCGUGCUCCUGUUUACAGCCGCAGAGUGAUUGGUCCUCUCGUACAUAGACGAUCUUGGUGAGAGUCCGGUUGUAAGGUGGGGCAGCAGCAGCAGCGUCUGUCUUCAAACUUGUGGAACUUUUCUCUCUCUAUUGGCGUCGCUUAAUGGCGGAUUGUUCAGCGGCUGCCGCACACACACGUUAGCGGGUUCCUCCGGGUCCUUCUGAGUCCUUCCUGGUUUCUCCUGGUUCCUCUUGGUCCAGGUUUCUCCUGGUUUCUUCUCGCUUCUCCUGGUUUCUCCUGGUUCUGGUCUUCAGUAGUGGGUCUGCGCUGUGAGCUGUAGGACUGACGUAGACCAGAAUCAUGGCGUCCGGUAAGAACAAGAACCAGACAUCCCUGGUUCUUCAUAAGGUGAUCAUGGUGGGCAGUGGCGGCGUGGGAAAGUCUGCCCUCACGCUGCAGUUCAUGUACGACGAGUUCGUGGAAGACUACGAGCCGACCAAGGCCGACAGCUACAGGAAGAAGGUGGUGCUGGACGGGGAGGACGUCCAGAUCGACAUCCUGGACACGGCGGGACAGGAGGACUACGCUGCCAUCAGGGACAACUACUUCCGCAGUGGAGAAGGUUUCCUGUUGGUCUUCUCCAUCACAGAGCACGAGUCCUUCACCGCCACAUCCGAGUUCAGGGAGCAGAUCCUGAGGGUGAAGGAGGAGGAGGCGAUCCCUCUGCUCGUCGUGGGGAACAAGUCGGAUCUGGAGGAGCGGCGGCAGGUGUCCGCGGACGAGGCCACUGGGAAGGCCGGCGAGUGGGGCGUCCAGUACGUAGAGACGUCCGCUAAGACGAGAGCUAACGUCGACAAGGUGUUCUUCGACCUCAUGAGGGAGGUGCGCAAGAAGAAAAUGGCCGAGAGCAAAGACAAGAACGGACCCAGCGGCAAGAAGAAGAAGAAGCGCUGCUGCAUCCUGUGACCUGGAGGUGACGCUGUGCCAACACCAACAAUAAUGACAAUAAUAAUAAUAAUAAUAUCUAUAAUAAUGAAAGCAGCAGACGGCAGCUUUAUAUCAUCAAAAAAAAUCUAUUUUAAUCUAUAAAAUCAAAAUAAAAGGAAAAGGUGACUGCAUGUAAUGAUGGUCACAUGACAGGAUUCUCACUUCUUCUGUUGGGCUGCUGCUGCUUCCUCUUUAUGACACACACGGCUCUGUGUGAUCACGAGCAUUUACUUGUACUCACUUAUUUUCAAUGAUAAUAGUCAAUGAGAAAACCACGUGACCACCAUCGUGUCCACACACGUGCAAAAACCACAACAUAUUCAUUAGAUAAAUGAAGUAGAUGAUGUCAAAUCUACGUGAGCCUGAUUCUACGAUGUCUUCAGAACAUGUUCACGUCUUUAGCUCACUGUGAGACAGACUUUUCCAACAGGAAACUGAAGUUUGUAAAUCACUCACUCUCCCACACCAAAGUCCAUAGAGAAAACCAGUGAUUUUAGCUGGUGGGGACACAGGAGCUGCUGGUCUACUGCUGCCUCGUGUGGACACUCUGUGUCACUGAAGUUAGUCUAAACAAAGGAUUUUAAAUGCCGAAUUAAAAGAAUAAGACAUUUGAACUUAGUGACGGAGGCAGCAGUGGAUCAACAACUCCUGUGUGUGUGUGAUGUCAAAAUCACUGGUUUUCUCUAUGGGCUUUGGUGUGGGAGAGUGAAAAGGUGUUGAGGUUUUCUCAAAAGGAUUUUUUCCAAACACUAAAACACUGAUUCCCCGCUCAUGAGGAAGGUUGAUUCACGUUCAUUCACGUCAGCUUGAAACAGUGCAGACGUCCUAACUUCCUGUUAAACCAAAGAGGAACAAUGAAAACAAUGAUAUGUUUCCAGUUAACGGUCAGUUAACCGUCACAGCUGUGGUGCUGCUGUGGUUUUUCUCAUUUUUUAAAUGACAAUCAAAGACACAGCAUCCAUGUUCUGAUGGCCACUUCCUCCAUGCAGCAGCAGCAGCAACAACACAAACAACAGAUACUUUGUGAACAGUGCCAGAGUGAAACAUCCUGUGUCGUUUGCCAACCUUUGACCUCUGCUGUUUUUCAGAAGCCAAAAACUUAGUUUAAUCCAACGUUAUUUUUAUUUGUUCGUCUUUCUUGUUUUGUUGUUUUCUCACAUUCCUGAUAUGUAACGACACUUCAAACACUCCUUUGUAUCAAACUUUAUUGUUCACCUGCUUCACAGACACAAGUGUAAUUUAUAGUCUGAAGAUUUUCAAAGGGAUCUGCUGUUGAACACUGUGUGUGUGUGUGCGUGUGUGCGUGCUUGUGUGUGUGUGUGUGUGUGUGUGCGCACGCGCAUGUGAGUGUGAGAGAGACAACCUUGUAUCCAUUUGAUAAUAAAAGAUAUUGAUCAGUC